AUCAUAUUGAUAUAUCUGUCAUAAUAUAAGUAUUAGAUUUUGAAGAAGGGCAGCUGAAGAGGAGGAAAAAGUGUUAGGGGAAAAAUAAAAGAAAAAGGGGAAAAGAAAAGGUUGUUCUUUCAUGUGACUAAAGGUGACUUUAGGGGACUCUUUUGUCUCAUUUUGUGGUUUCUUUUAGGUGGACAUGAAUGGGUAAGGGCCACAAGGUCACAUGGGUUCUGACAAAUUUAAUAUCAAUUAGUUUCUGGGUACCACACUCAUUUCACUUUCACUCUUUUAACCUCAUUCUCAUUUUAAUAUUUUGAUUCUGAUUUCUGUGUUUUCUGCGCCUCGGUGCCCCCAUUAACCCCCAUUUGUGUUUUGUCACAACCUGAAAUCAUAAUGGACAGGCCCUACAUGUCCUUUUUAACUGUUUUGUUUUCAAUGUUUUCCUGCUUCAAAAACCUCCCCAACCCCAAUUCCCCAAAUCCAAAAACCCUCAAACCCUUGUUUUAAAAAACAGGAGAGGGUUUAAGAAACAGUAUUAUGGAUGUCGGUUUUUGUGGUUAAUGAAAUUGUCUAGGUAGUUUAUUGGUAUUUAAGAUUUUCCUGGGGUUGACUGUUUUGUUAGGUGUGUUUUUGCCCAUGUUUUAGCCAACAUGUUGUGCAGGACCACAUUGGAACUUCCCUCAUUGUCUAAAAUAGCAUUUAAUCUCUGAUGAUGGUAAAAUGUCAGCAUCAAUAAUAAUCUCUGCCCCAAGUCCUUGCAAAAUAGCUGGCCGCCUUAUUGCAAACAGAAAGUACAUGAUCCCCCAUGAUGUGUUUAUUUCGUCAUUACAACUAUAUUAUCAUCAUCAUCAUCAUCAUCUUCAUCAUCAUCAUGUCAAGUAUGAAGUCAAAAUCACAGUAUUUUUGUCUAUCUCUAGAUGUUCCAAAGGAGGAAACUUUCACAAGGUGGUUUUAGUGAUAUUUCAUUGAGGUUCUCAAUUCUGAGUGAUGCGUGCAUGCGCCUUCAUGUUGUUUUCACAUUGUCAUUAUCAAUAAAUGAUAUAGCAUUAU